AUGUCCUCCCCACCACCCACCAACCCACUGAAACGGCCCUCGAUCUCAUCGACCACCUCGCAGCCAGCGGGGGGGGCCUCCUCCUCGACCUCCUCCCAUUACAACCCCAAGCGACCGCGCAUGCACCCGCUCCGGCAGACCUCGUUCCCCAACACGAUGGACCUGGACUCGUCGUCGCGCGCCUACAGCGACGCCGGCAGCGUGACCGGCAGCUUCACGGGCAGUCUCGGCGGCACCAGCGCCGACGGCGUGUUCCUCACGAAAGGCAAGAAGCGCGGCCGGAAGAGCAAGGCUGAGAAGGAGCGGGAAUUGCUGCGUGAGGAGGGGAAUCUACGGGCCGGUGGAAUGAUGGAUCGGUUGGGCUCUGUGGAUGCGGACGGGGCGUCGGUGAGAGGUGGUGCUGGGGGGGAGGGUUCUGGGGGUCCUGGUGGUGGUGGUGGUGGUGCUGGAGGGGAUGAUGAUGAGGAUGAUGAGGGGGAUGAUGAGGGGGAAUUACUGAGGAGGGAGGAGGGUACCACUGAUACUGAGGCCGAGAAGAAAAAUCUUGC